AUGACGAGCAACAGUCGACGGCCGUGCUCCUCCUCAGUCUCUUAUCGAGCCGGCUCGAUUCUACGGCCACGCUUGGACCAGACCCAUUCCACAAACAAUGGCGAGUUCCGCCGCCGCUCGUCUUCUCCUCAAGUUUGCUCCCUCCAGCGGCGCGCUGACAGCGUCAUGGAGCGAAUUAUGAACCCUCAAUUGGACCGCAAGUCACCCUCGCAUGGCCGUCGAUACUGGCCGCGGCCGACUCGAUCGGAACUUCCUGCAUCAUUUGACAUCGUUCUUUCGACAGCUUCACCUCGCUACACGACGCAGUUGUCGACUGGCGAAAAGGAUCAAUCGACGUACGCAAAGUCUUUGGCUUUUGAUGAAGGGCUGCACUCGGUCUAUGUAGCAGACUACCCAAGAGGGCUGCGCGGUCUCUUUGUGCUCGUGCAAAGUCCGCUCCUACUAGUUGCUAUCGGCAUCUUUGCAGGGAGUGUGGGACUUGUGGUUGACAUGUGGAGUGCCGAGAUUGCUCGGUACUACCAAUGGGUCGGUGACCACGGAUUUGGCCUGUUCGUGGCGUCCGCGCUCUUUGCUGGAGGCUUCUCAGCUCUUCUGACUCAGUGUGUUUGUCCGCAAGCUGCAGGAUCAGGUCUACCAUUCAUGAAAGUGGCCAUUUCAGGGCUGUCAAUCGGCAAGGAGGGCCCUUUGGUCAUGAUUUCAUGCGUGCUGUUUGGGGUCGAAGUGACGUCGCAUUUUUACCUUGUUCGGACGCUGCCCCGGUCAUUCUUUGCGGCCAUCGUGGGAGCCUUAAUAGUGGGGUUUGGUGCAGCUAAUUCACGAUAUGGACUCUUCGGUAACCGAAGCAUUGCAAUUAAUGCAGACACUAACGCCGUGAAGGGAAGUGGGGAUCUUUUGUGUGCGGACCUCUGCUUGUUUGCGCUCAUGGGUAUAUUUUGUGGUCUUGCAGGUGCCUUCUUUAACUAUACCUUGUCGAUACUGGUGCGAGCUCGCGACCGCUUUUUCCAGCCUUCGUUGUCAAGCUCACCGCGUGUAGCCUGGUGGAACGCUCUCGGAAAACGGUUGGGACUUGUGUUAGCUGUAACGCUACUGUCAUGCUGGCUUGAAUUCUACGGAGACAGUGCGUGGUUUAUGCUGCACGGCUCUCCUCGGCGCAUUCUUGACGAGCUGUUCUCGAAACAUAAGCGGAUCUUCGCCAGUGACAGCGCUCGAAAAAGCACGACUGAACAAAGCUUAUUGCUUUCGAGGUCGCUGCUAACCUUUUUACCGCUUAAGUGUGUACUCACGCUCAUUAGCAUUCUACUGCCCGUACCGGCGGGUUUGUUCACCCCCACUUUCGUCAUCGGUGGCAUUUUUGGCCGACUUGUUGGCGAAGUCGUACGUGCGUUUGAUUUCAUGAGCACGAGCUAUGAGCCUUUCGAGUUUGCAAUUAUCGGAGCUGGAGCCUUCUCCUCAGGUGUGACGCAUGCUAUAUCGACAGCAGUGAUGAUCAUGGAAAUCUCACAUACCGAUGGACUGAACCUGCCCGUUUCUGUGGCAACUCUAGCAGCGUAUUUCACGGCCAAGCGAUUUACCGAAAACGUGUACGAUGUUCUUAUCGUGACGAGCAAUCUGCCUCGACUGAAAAAACUACCGAAAGCUGCUUACGACAUUUCGGCCUGGGAGGUAAUGAAGGAUGUUGCUGAGAUGGGAGUGCUCAGUGCUGACUCAACCUAUGAAGACGCAUUGGUGCUGCUACAGCGCUCCGACAUGGACCUUGUAUUUCCGAUUGUAGACUCCCUCGAAAAUCGCUUCCUGCUGGCUACAGUUACGCGUUCCCGGCUUGCAGACGCUGUGUCGCUUUGUCAACGCCAAUCUUCAAUGCUGUGUCCGCUGACAACUGAAGACUUGCGGCAACCGGUGGAGACAAGUGAAACUUCGUCGCUUCUCCUGUCUACUUCUCAGUCAGCCUCCUCACCCAUCGCGAAGACAACUGGCGACAGCUCAGGGAGUCGCGCAGUCGCUCGAGGAUCGUAUGGAGCCAUUAGCUCGAUACCCCGUGACGACAACAGCGGCAGGUCAUUUGACGACACAGUGGUGGACGGUCUCGAUGAACUUAAUGUACAUUCAUUGCGGACCCCCAUCCAUUUUGCGUUCUGCCGUGGUGGUAAAAUCCUGGAUUGGGUCACGAACGAGGUAUGCCAUCCGUCCGAGCUGACGGUGUUUAUUGAUCCCUCGCCCGUCCAGUUGAUGGAGAUGACGCCAAUGCGUCGCGUGGAUAUGCUCUUUCGCAUGCUCAAGCUCAACAACGUCUUCGUUGCACGCUCUGGAAAGCUAAGGGGUGUGAUUAGCCUCGAGCGUAUGAUGACAUUUCUUGGCACCACGACACCUUAUCGGGCGCCUGGAUUGCUGCGCACUCUCCGAAGCCUCUUCGUUCGGUCGAAUGGUUCCAGACCCCAUGAAUGA